GGUUAUCUGGUUUUUGCGUUACACGUAAGCCACCUGUUCUCUCUAACUUUCCAUAUAAACACAAAUCGAUUGAAAGAGUUUGCCAAACUAUCUCCUCAAUUAUUUUAUUACAUUUAAAGUAUGGCUUUAGAAGAUUUAAUCAGUCCUAUAAUCUCUAAAGAAUGCUUUUAUAAGUUUACAAAAGAAGGAGAUUUAUUUGAUGGUCCAUGUUUUAAAGCAACUAUUAGUAAAUUAUUAGGAUAUGGAAUAGUUAUUGGCUCUUCACUUGUUAAAAUUCCACAAGUAAUAAAAGUUGCAAAAUGUAAAAAUUCAUUUGGUUUGAGUAUACUUUCAAUUUUACUUGAAAUGAUCUCUUUAACAUCUGUAAGCGCUUACUCAUUCGCUAAUGGAUUCCCUUUCAGUGCUUAUGGAGAAGGAGUCUUUUUAGGUAUACAAAAUUUCCUCUUGGCUAUUAUGGCAAUAACUUGGACAUAUUCACAUAUUAAAGCUGUCCUAUUCUCUUGUGCUUAUAUAGCAUGUGUAGCUGUUCUUUUGUCUCCAACACUUCCAUUAUCAAUAUUGAUACUAUUUCAAACAGUUAAUCUCCCAAUUAUGUUAUCAUCUAAGAUUGCUCAAAUAUGGACAAAUUAUUGUAAUGGGAGUACAGGUCAAUUAUCAGCUAUUACAUUGUUCCUAUUUGCUUUAGGUUCAACUGCACGUAUAUUUACAUCAAUUCAAGAAACUGGUGAUAAUCUAAUGAUUAUAUCAUGUAUAUUAGCUAGUCUAUGUAAUUACAUAUUAAUGGGUCAAUUAGUCUAUUAUUGGAAUGUAUCAUCUGUUUCUAAAAUUGACCACCACCACCACCACCAACAACAAUAUUCAACACGAGAAGUUAAAGUGAAUUAGUUCUGUGUUCUUUUUAUUGUUACUAUGUUAUCGUUAUUCUUUUGUAUAUGGAUUUGAAAUACGAACACAUUAUUCCAUGUAUUGUUUCAACUUGUUCUUUAUUUAUUUAUUUUUUUAUAUUGGUUCCCAUAACUUGUUAAAUUGGUUGCUAAUUCAUUUAUUCAUUUUAGUUACUAUGUGAAUUCAUGAUCAAUAUACAUGUGGAUUUUUAUAAUUAGUUUUAAUAAUAAUGAUAAUCUUAUUAAUUUUUCUAAGGAUUUGUAUUUCUCGGUUAGUAUUCAGGACUGUAGUUGAUCGGUGAUUUUUUUCUAACUUGAUAGCUUUGUGUAUUUAGGAAACAGGUACUAGGUAAGGAUGGCAAAUCAAUUGAUGAAGUAGUGAAACUUCAUCAGUUGAGAUGGCUGGGACAUGUGUUAUGUAUGCCCAACCACCAACUGCCCCGACGUGUGAUGUUUUAUGGUGUAGGAGUAGGUUGGAAGAAAGCUAGGGGCGACCAGACCAUAACAUGACACAAAUCCAUGAAGUCACUAAAAAGUGGACUGAGCCAUGUUGGUAGGUGUGGACUAACGGGUUGGGAUCCACGAGACGAUAGCAACCGAUGAUUAGAGACCUUGAAUGACAUGGCUCAAAAUCUUUUGCAAUGGCGCAGGUGCAUCCACUCUUUGUGAUCUUCCAGAUUCUAAUCUUCUGAAUUUUUCAUGUCCCCAUUUUUUUCUCUUUCUAAAUUUAUUUCUUUGGAUUAUACUCCUUGAAUAACAUCUUCAAACCGUAAUCUUACCGAUUACUUCUUAUACUUACUUAUAACUAUAAUAAUUAUACUUUUACUAAUUCUUAAAUGACUAGUGUUUGCAGUUUUACUUCGAUGUAUCGAAUAAGUUCGUUCAUAAUGUCAACUAAAAAUAUUACUGAUACCGUAAUUACAGAUUACUUUUAGUUUUAUCAACUCAAUUUAAUACUUUUUAAAUGAAAUCAAACUAUGUGUCUGCCGGAUAAAUUAUUAAAAUUGAUAUCAUGAAUAGAUCAAUGUUAGAUCACUAUUGAAAACCUGGAAGCACUGGACAGCUGUUUCGUUUUAGUAUGGAACUUCUCAACAGUCUAAUAUCAUGGAUUGGAUGAAGUAAAAGAUUAACAUUAUCAGCUGCCAGCAAACUUAGUGGUCUAGAAGUUAAGCGUUCGUACGCCAAACCAAAGGUCCUGGCUUCGAUUCCCGUGUGCGGGUUCGUUGAUGCUCAUUGCUGAGGAGCCACUCACUAGGAUGAAACGACCAUCUAGUGCUUCCAUGAUUCCAAUGGUUCUCUAACAUGAAUCGGUUCAUGAUAUCAAAUUAAAAGUCAACAAUCUCCUCAACCUUUUACAGAUAAUUAUCUUAUAUUCAUGUACCUUUUUUUACACGUCAUAAGGUAGAUGAUUCUUUCUAUUCUGGAUUAAACUGUAUAUAUAUAUGGAAACAGUUAUUUCAUGUCAUUUUGGAAUAACUGGACAAUAAACAUCCAAAAUCAAAUACAGAAUCAAGGGCAAGAUAUUAUGUACUUGAAGCUAGAAAAUAUCUUUAGCUUUCAAAUAAUAAGUAUUACAAUAGUUGAGAUCAUGAGUCAGUUGAAGCUAGAUCACCAUGGAAAAUUGAUUACAUUCAUGUAUACAUGGUUUCUUGAGUGGCAACCAGCUCAUUUUACCUUUACUAAUGUACAUAUCAAAUUGUCCUGGACAUUCACAUUUGAGAGUAUUGAUGUGACAACAGUUUGACUAUCGGUAAAAUCUAAUCACAAAUACAAUGUGCACUGUUCAUGAACAGUUUGUAGGGAUUGUCGAAUUAUGUAGUUGUGUACUACGAACAGAUUUCAGUUAAAUAAAUCUUAAAAAACCAAGAAGGACUGAAGCGCUACUUCUUGGUAUAGGAUUCCUCACUAGUACGCAUCCACAACAUCACAUGGUGUCAAACAUAGUAUACUUGGCAUUUUCUUAUCCACGUUACUAAUGGUUUUUAGGAAAAAAGUUAUCACAUAGGGGAGGGGGUGUUUGGAUAUGAAUUAUUCAGUCUAUUCGAGUAGCAUGAUGAUUCCAGUAAAGACAAUUGAAUAUAGACACCACCGAUAGCUUACAUUUUCAUGUAUGUAAAUGUUGGGCUUUCAAACUAGAAUCUGAUUUCAAUGAAGAAGGAAACAUUAAAAAACUGGAUAUAAAAUAGAUGCUCUCACUUAUUAUCUGAUCAUAAUGUAACUUCAAAUUAUUUCUUUCUAGCACAAUUGAUUUCUGUCUUGUUGUUCAUGUAACUCAUUGUUCAAUGGUUUUUUGUGUAGAUAAAACUAUGGUAUACCGAGUACCUUAAGUGAUCAAUAAAAAUUAAAAUAGUUGAUAAGCAAAGAUAGAUAGUGGCUGGCAGUGGAAUCAAGGACAAGCGUUUCAUCCUGUUUCGGGACUCGUCAGUUGGAUCUACCUGUAUCUCAGAGUUGAUACUCACUACGGGACUCGAACCCAGUACCAUUCGCUUCAAACACCAUCACGUUAUCCACUUAGCUACUGAGUCCCGAUACGGCUGAGGGUGGGUAAAUCCAGCUCUCCCUCUCGAAUGCUCUCAUAUGUCCACGUGCAACAGCUACUGACAGGGAAGUCCUAUUCACUGCAUUAUUGCGGCAUUACCGUUGUUUACGAAAUUGCGAGGAUGGAAAGCGGAUGUCUGGCGCUUUAACCGGGUUGGUGGACACAGUAAGUCCACCUAGGGUGGAUAAAGGCCCUAAUUCCAAACCAAUGAUGCACAUAGGCUCCAGUAUCCUGAGGAAACAAAUGGCGUAUGAACAAGUUGUUUGUCACCGGCUACAAUGGGACUGCAUCUCCUAAUGUUGCUCCAGUGCCUUGUGGGUCAGACCUUUAGGUCGAAGUCUCCAGGUGUGGCCCCCUAAGAAAACCACCUGCUUCGGUCUGGGCACCAGGGUUCUAUCACAGUCAACACACAAAUCAAGUGACUUGUGUGGCACAUAUGUAUUCGGUGCCCCUUUGUACCAAUAUUUCUGUGUUGGAAUAAAUAAAUAAUAACAAUUAUUGUUGUGAUCUUUUUACACUAUAAUGUCAUUAUAACCAUUGUAUUAUGGUACUGCCACGCGAUUCACACCUAUGUCAUUUGGUUAACAUAGAAUUCAAGGUACUAUAUAUCAUGAGACAUCAUUUAUUUCAUUGUAUUUCCCCCUAAAACUCAUAUUUUCUCUAUUCUUACUCGAUUGUAGUUUUUUUUCAUCGUUCGACCUAUCUAAUUACAUACAUCUUUUUGUCAUUAGAAGAAUCUCCCAUUGACCUUCAAAUGUUGUAUCUCAAUAAUACAUUCUAAUUUUUCAAAAAAUUAUUUAUCCCUUUUCCAUUCUAUGAUAUGUCUUAAACUAUUUGUUCUUGACAUUGAGGGUGAAACUAUUAUUUAUAAACGACCUUUGAGCAACGCUAAAGUGACAGUGAGUGUGUCUAUUUACUUACUAUGACUAAAUAAGGGUUAUAAAGCAGUUUGGAGGAUAUGGAUUAUGAUUCACAGUUGAUGGUUAGGGUUAGGAAUUCGAUCUACAGUUUUUUUUAUCACGAACUGACAUCAGCUAAAAUGUCAAGAUGCUAUUUAGCCAAAUGGGUGAAUGAAUUUCGAGUCAAAAUCUAAGACCUGUUAUCCUAAAUCUGAUUCAUUUGUCCAUAAAUUAUAGUCUCGCCACAUUGAACUUGAGCUAUAUCCAGUUACAAAAAGCUGAUUAUAUUGUAAUAAAAUGUCUGAAAGAAAUAAACUACUGAUAAGUAGUAUACAUCUCAGCAUUAAAUUAUCAACUCCGAUUUCAACCUUGGAAGAACUACAUUUUUAAUCUGGGUAUAUUAUAAAAACAAUGAUCAUAUAAAGAGAAUCUCUACCGUUUCUCAAUAACGUAUAGUUUAAAUAAACCAUAUAAGUUUCUUAGGAUCUUCUAAGACCAAGACAUUUCUACUUAUUGGCUUCUUCAACCAUCUAAUAAAAUUAAAAAUCCAAUCAGAAAACAACAACUCAGUAUCAAUUUUCAAUUAUAACGAACCGUGGAAUACAUUGAAAUAGGAUGAUGACAAGUAAAAUAGUUUGAAUAUAUGGAACUUUAAAACAUUCAAGUGUAUAGUUAGUUCUUUAAAGAUUUGUGUUCAGAAUAUGAUCGUUACAAGUUAAAGAAUUGGACCUCUUAACACUUAUACAGGAACUUAGAUUGUUAUUGUCUAUUUAAUCAACAUUUUACAAAAACAUGACUAUCAUUUGUUUUGAUAUAUUUAACUAAGUCUUGUAGGCAAAGAUGGAUAAUGGCUAGCAGUGGAAUUGAGGACACCUAUUUCGUCCCAUUUCGGACUCGUCACCUAUAUGUACCUGCAUUCCAGAGUGAAUAUCCAAAUGAUGAGUCUCAAGUAGAACGAAACAUGCGCCCUGAAUUACACUGCUAGUUAUCACAAAUCUUUGCUUGUAAUGUUUGUGACUUGAGGCUAUCCUCACAGAAUACACAUGUUAAUAAGAGACUGAUCAAUUGCAGUCUUAUACAUUAAUGGGAAAAUUAAAACAACCAAUACAAAUGAAUUAAUUAAGAUUUAGUUUCCAUACAAAAGAGAAAAGAUACUCGGUAAGAAACUAUAAUUGGUCAUUUCGUGCUAGUUAGCAUUGAUCAUAAAGAAGUAUCUAGAAUCUGGGAGAACCGAUAUCCUGUAAUAUAUUUAAACGGGGUUCAUCAAGUUCUAAUAUCUGAGGUAUUACCAUUGAGCGAUUUAAGCCUGAACUGACAUCCUAUAAAAAGUGAUCCAUAGAAUUCAAUUCGAAUUGUGAACUAGACAAAAAUGAUAUUGGUCACUAUUCAAUCUUCUAAUUAUAAGGCUAGUGAACAAUAUAAAAAAAAUCAAUGUUUUUCCAUCUUGGAAUUGAAAUCUACGAUACUUUUAGAUCACUAAAUAUCAAAUGUAAUUGGGUAAGACAUUUUAUUACUUGCUUACUUACUUACGGCUGUUACUUCCAAUGGAGCAUAGGUCACCGACCAGCAUUCUCUAACCCACUCUGUCAUGUGCCUUCCUUCCUAGUUCUAUUCAAUUGCUGUUCAUUCUUUUCAUAUCUGUCUCGAUUUCUCGCUGUAAUGUGUCCUUUGGCCUUGGGGAUUCCAGGUGAGGGCUUGCCUUGUGACUCAAUUGGGUGCUUUCCUCAAUGUAUCUCCUAUCCACUUACAGCAAAGACAUUACAUAAAUCUAUUUUAUUCAUCAUUUACUGUAACGAUAUUCGUUUUUAUUUAGAUAUUCCUUUGUAAAACUACGUUUAAUGUUAUAUUAAUGCCUCGAACAAAGAGAAAGUGAGUGUGUGUGUGUAGGAGAGAGAGAGAGUAGUGACAAGGGUAACCAUAUUUAUUUAUCCCACUUAACAAUCGAUAUUGUCAUCAAGUAUAGCAUAAUUAUUUUUGACUAAAUCUAUGCACGUACUAUUUUCUUAAUUCAGUAGUUAUUACUUAUUUUUAUUUUAUUGUCUUCAUUUAUUAUUAUUAUUAUUAUUAGUAUUAUAUAUUCAUCAUUUCGAGUUGAUGUCCUUUACCAUUCAC